AAGACAAUAGACUGUUGGGGUAAAAAAAAUCUGAGCCAUUUUAUCUCAGCUGUAAAUGUAGGUCCGUGCUGCUGACGGUGUUUGGGCCAGCAGAGAAGGCCUUGAAAGCCCUGGAGUGCCUUUUAGUGACGUCACAGUUCGCAGCGAGGCCGGGCCGACUGCGCAGCCGCUCUGCGCAUUCGUCAGGCUGUGGGCAGCCGGAGCGCAGCCAUUUCUGUGCCCCUCUUAACACACAUUCUCUCACUUUCUCCCCGAGUGUCUCUCUCGCUCUCUCUCUCUCUUUUACACAUACACAUCGAGGUCGUGUGUGUACCUGUCCAUCACCACGCGUGCAACGUGGAGGAACAAGCGCUGCUACAACGCAUCUGGAUUCGUCUGAAAUCCGCCAUCUCUAAACUUUCUCCCAAUUGAACGCCUGCGCAGCCACCCACUCUCUCUAGGUUAGUGCGAUUCUUUGUGCGCGUGUGUCCGCAAUGGAGCCCUUCGUUCCACAACGAACCAGCUGCGACGCAGCAACAGUGCACGUCAAAAGGGAGGAGGGAGAUGUAAAGCAAUCUGCGCUAGUUUUGGGCAGCCAGGGCUCGCCUGCGCCUUGCAGCGAUCCUGCAUACGGAGGAGGAAGAGGCGGGCUGGUUGACGCUGCAGAGGAGCUGAGGGCACCGUCGACGCUCCACGCAGCUUCCACCACUACUUCUGAUGUACAUCUGUCAUCAGCGAUGCCAUCCGCUCCUCCCCCCAGUUCCGAUUUCUCCUCCAAGGCUGUUUUGUGUCUGAUUGACGCAGUCGGCCGCCGCUGGGGCCUGUAUGAGACCCGGGAGCGCUCGCAGCUCUUCCAGAGCGUCCAGGAGGAGUUGGCCGCCAAGGGGCACUUCCUUCCUGUUGAAAGGAUCCGCCGCAAGUGGAACAACCUGAUCGUCACGUACAAAAGGGUCAAAGAUCGCAGUCGAGAGACAGGACAUGCUAAGACAUCCUGGGAGUUCUUUGAUCUGAUGGAUGCGACGCUCUGUGACACUGUGGGUUCUUACAUCAGUAGCAACAAACGCGGCAAAGGAGGAGGAGGUGGAGCCAUCGUCACACAAGCCUCAGCCAAGGUCGCACCUCGACUGCACGUCCCGCCGCCCACCACUAUCGUCCGCCCCAAUGGGAACUUCCCCACAGCUGUUCAAGUGGAAUCAGGGGUCAAGUGUCUGGCCGAUGCCUGCAGUAGCAGCACUGCUGCUAUUGCAUCAAAGUCGGCUCUUCGCCAAACAGAAAGUCCGGACCUCAAACCGCUGAUAGUCCUUAACAGUGAUAUUGUCACAGCCAACCUUCAUCUGGCCUCCACUGAUCCAGCCCAAACUUUUAUCUCCUCACCUUGUUUCACACAAGCCGCCUCCCCAUCUCUCGUGUCCACCGUCAACACAGACCCAAACGCAUCCCGUAAAGCUGCGCCCUUCCCGGCAGAGGUCGCAUGCUUCCAUCGUGGCAACAACCACAACUUCGCUUCCAAUUUCUCUUCCACCUACUCCUCACUUUCAGCCUCCGUUUCCACCUCGGCCAUUUCAGGACCUGAAGGCCACAAGGGAAAUGAGGCGCAAAGCGGCUCCUUCUACGACCAGGAGAUAUUAAAGCAAAGGGAGGCGCAGACUGACCUGGAUUGCGUGGCUCGCGUCCGGAUGGAAGCCAGAGAAAGGCGGCGCGAGAGGAGGGAGAUGCGAAUGGGGAGGUCCCUGUGCAGGAUUGCUACGGCCCUGGAGCUGCUCUCCUCCAAACAAGACACUGUCAUUGCCCUGCUACAGAGGCUGGCUGAUAGAAAGUGAAGAA